GACCACUCUGAGCUUUUCCAUUAUGUCUGAGAUAGAGGAUGCAGCCGAGAAACUGGGGUUGAAUCUGAAUAAGAGAUUACUGGGCAAAUGCUCAGAACUAUUCCGCGUUGCUCACAGCCGUAACGCAGCAGCAUGUCUCGGAAAAUACCUUUCUUGUCUGCCUUUCGUCUGCAUUCAUCUCGCUUGCGAACUUGAACAUGAAAUGUUCCCCUAUCAGCGAGUUAUAAGUCAGCUCAAGGUUCCUGCUUCCCAGUAUUCAAGUGCACUUUCAAAAGUCCGCAGCAUUCUCGAGAUCGCUUCACCACCGACCACAUUCCAUUCUCUUGGCGUGCGCAUUGGAGCGACCCAAAUGAUACCAGCUGCAGACCUUUUGUUGGAGGCCUUCAAGGCAAAUUAUGGAGCGACUUUAUCGGCCGUGCAAAGAAGACGAAUCGAUUGGGACGGACCUGAUAUUAUUGUCGCGAUAUUUUUUGUUUGCUGCAAGACGGUGAUGAAAUUGGGAAAACGAGAAGCGUCGGCACUAGCGUCAAAUCCGACACAGUUCAGCAACUUUGUUCAGCUAAUUGAAGAGCACUGCAAAGAAGAGAUUAAGGAGUUGAAAAGUGACAAGGAAAAGUAUGAGGCUUCACCAAAGACUCCCAGAAAGACGCCUACGAAGGGUCGUGGAAGACGCGCCACUGUUCAUGUGUCAGGCGAAACUGAAGACCUGGAUGAGAGUAGCGCAGAGACCACAGUGGAAACUCCAUCUGGCUUUAGAACACCGAGCAAGCGUAUGAAGGAUGGGGAUGUUGGGAUAGCUACUCCGACUCCAAGGAAACGAGCCCGUAUGGGGUCAUCUGCUGCCGCUGUUCCGCUCACCCGAACACCAGGGCGAACGGAGCAAGGGGAUGUCGAGGAAGCGGUCAGCGGAAUUAACCCAAUGAUCGUUCAUACCGACAUACGACAGACAAAACGAUAUAAAGACUUUCUUGUUUGGAAAGAGCAGAUGUUGGUGAAAUUGCCCUCGGAAUCUGUUGAGCAAGCAAUGGCUGAUAUUGAGUAAGCAGCUCGGACGUUGCUUGGACGUCUGUUGUAAAUAUUGAGUAAGAUAUAUAUUUAGUGGUUUGCCAUAUUGAAAGUAGCGUCGUAUAUCAACUAGUGAAAGGACAUAUGGGAUAGGCAGGCCGGAAGGUUCAUUUAAUGUACAAUAUGUAUUUUUAUUUACUUUACAGUCACAUCCUUUAUUUUCA